UCCGAUCAGUACUGUCAAGGCACGAACCGGACGGACGAUGCACAUUACGUCUGCGGCGACUUCCGCCUAGGGCCAACCACACUCCCGACCGGACUACCCUUAGGCAACGUCGUCUUCGACUACCACCGCUUUGCUGGGCUCUGCCCCGGAGAGUUCCUGAAGGCGUACACCAACGCCAGCACGGGGAGGUACAUCUACCCCGAGCCCGACGGCUGGCAGCUCGACGUCGCGAACAAAACCAUUAACGGCACCCAGACGCUCCCCAAACACUUGGUGGUCGACCGAUUCGGCAACGAGGUCGGAGGCUUUUUCUUGGCGCCGGCGUACACGCCGUACAUCCAGCGCGCCCUGCCGCCGCAGAGCCUCAACACGCCGCGCGACGACAACAGUUUUCCGGCCAACUAUCAUCGCUACGAGGUUAUCACCCCCUUCAAUGUGUCCUCAGGUCCCAUCGCCCCUGCGUUCGGCCAACCGGGGCAGGGCACGCAGUACCAUACUUUCAUGGACGUCGCUACGUUGGUGAACGGCACCUUUUUACGC